AAAUCAAAACAAUCACCAAAAUAAAGAAAGGGACAGCUAUUUUCAUUUCCUUUCCACCUGGUCUUCUCUUUCCAUAAAAUUGGUGUCAAACUAGAGAGAGAAACAACAGAAGAUUCACUGACUGAAGCUCACAUCCCUUCUUCCUCUUCUGUCCCCUUUCAUAUAGAGAGAGACUUUUAGAGAGAGAAUACUUUUAAUCCUGAACAUCUUAUAUUUUUCAACUCUACAUGGACUCCUCCAAAUCUCUGAGAUUCAUCACCCACCAAUCCUUCUUCUCCGCCGUCCAAUCCGGCGACCUUGAAUCGCUGAAAUCCCUCAUCAAGAAUGAAGGGUCUGAUCGAGCUGCGGUCUCAGCUCUAAUGGCCUUGCAGAACGAUGCUGGCGAGACGGCUCUGUACAUCGCCGCAGAGAAUAACUUCCAAGAGAUCUUCACCUACUUACUCCAGUUCUGUGAUCUCCAGACUGUAAUGAUCAGGUCCAAAUCCGAUAUGAAUCCGUUUCACAUCGCAGCCAAACGCGGUCACUUAGGUAUUGUGAAGGAACUUUUGGGCUUGUGGCCUGAGCUUUGUAGGUCAUGCGACUCCUCAAACACUAGCCCCCUUUAUUCAGCUGCAGUGCAGGACCACUUGGAUGUAGUGAAUACCAUAUUAGAUGCAGAUGCCGGUUUGAUACGGAUAGUGAGGAAAAAUGGGAAAACUUCGUUGCACACGGCUGCCAGAUAUGGCCUUCUUCGAAUAGUAAAAGCACUUAUAGGCAGAGAUCCAGGAAUAGUUUCCAUCAAAGAUAAGAAGGGCCAGACUGCACUCCAUAUGGCCGUAAAAGGUCAGGAUACUGCAGCUGUAGAGGAUUUAUUACUUGCUGAUUAUUCAAUACUGAAUGAACGUGACAAGAAGGGUAACACAGCUGUGCACAUAGCUACAAGGAAAUGCCGUUCACAGAUAGUAAGCCUCUUGCUGAGCUAUACAUCUAUGGAUGUAAAUGCCAUUAAUAAUCAGCAUGAAACCGCAAUGGAUUUGGCAGAUAAACUCCAGUAUGGACAAUCUGCAUUGGAAAUUAAGGAAGCUCUAACAGAAGCUGGCGCCAAGCAUGCAAGGCAUGUUGGCCGAGUGGAUGAAGCAAUGGAACUCAAAAGGACUGUGAGUGAUAUAAAGCAUGAGGUGCACUCCCAACUUAUACAAAAUGAGAAAACCAACCGACGAGUUUCUGGUAUUGCCAAAGAACUUAAGAAAAUUCACAGGGAAGCUGUCCAGAAUACCAUUAAUUCAGUGACAGUAGUUGCUGUUCUCUUUGCCUCCAUUGCUUUCUUGGCUAUAUUCAACUUGCCCGGCCAAUAUCUAAAGGUUGGACCCGAAGCGGGGAAAGCUAACAUAGCUGACACUGUUGCAUUCCGGAUGUUCUGCCUCUUGAAUGCUACAUCCCUCUUCAUUUCUUUAGCUGUUGUUGUGGUUCAGAUUACUUUGGUUGCCUGGGAUACGAGGGCACAGAAACAGGUGGUUUCAGUAAUCAACAAGCUAAUGUGGGCUGCCUGCAUCAGCACUUGUGGGGCUUUCCUGUCAAUUGCUUUUGUGGUUGUGGGAAAGAAGAACUCAUGGAUGGCUACUACUAUUACCUUAGUGGGACUACCAAUCCUUGUGGGGACUCUUGCUAGCUUGUGUUACUUUGUUUUCCGGCAACACUUUGGAAUUUUCGGCAAUGAUUCUCAGAGACGCGUCAGGAGGGCAAGUGGAAGCAAAUCUUUUUCCUGGACCUACUCUGCACAUAUUUCGGACUUGGAUGACUAUAACUCAGACCAUGAGAAGAUCUAUGCACUGUGACAUGUACGUAAAAAGGAUUCAGUUUUUUGCUGUGUUGGUGGUUGUUGUCAAUCCCUGUGUAUACGAUUGUUGUAGUCUCCAUGGUUUCAGCACUACACGUACUUUUGUUUGUCAAUGUUGUAAGAGGGGGGGUCUGGUUUGUUGCGGCUAUUAUAACAGGCACAAACAAAAAGCUGUAGAUUUUUGUAUAUGCAUUGUAAACAUUUUAGGUUUUGGUUAA